AUGGCCGGUUUUGGCUACUUUAAGGACUUCCCCGAGAUUCUUCACCGGCUCUUGGAAGGACCUGAUGUCACCCUUCAGGAUGAGAAUAGUAAAAGAGAUAUCCCAACCUCCUCUAGAUCCGCGAGGAUACAGGCCAACUUAAGAGCUCAGGCGAUUAAGAAACAGGAUGCUAGGAUCCAAAGGCAUGCCAAGCAGAUCGAAAAGGCCAAGAAGGCCGUUGAAAGAUAUGGGAGCGACCCGGAUUACAAAUUCUUGCACCAACGGCUACCGGAGGUCUACAUUGGCGCCAACGACUGGGCCAAUAUUCCUUACCACAGGGUGGCUUCAGUGGCUAUGAAAUUCUACAAGGAAAAGUUUCUGUUUCACGAUAAGGAAAGAUUCCAAGAGUACCUGAACCAUGUGAAAGUAGGCAAGGCUAAAAUUGCUGCAGGUGCUUUGCUACCACACGAACUCAUUGCAUCAAUGAAUAUGUAUGGUGGUGCAAGUCAAGUUGCUGAGCUUCAAUGGCAAAGAACGGUGGAGGAUGACUUGGCCAAGAAUGGUAAAUUGAAAAACUGUCUCACAAUCUCUGAUGUUUCCGCCAGCAUGAUUGGACUACCAAUGGAGGUGUCCAUGGCCCUGGGUGUUUUGGUCUCUGAACUGAGCGACGAGCCAUGUAAAGGAAAUCUCAUCACUUUCAGCGAAAACCCGACAUUCAGAGAGUUCGAGGAAACAGUUAGGAAACCCAGACAGAUUUCGUGA